CCAUGAUGCCCUUCCAGGCUCUGCCUCAGCCAGGCAGAAAGAAGACCCAGCUUGGCUGGGGGCAGUGGGCAGGGGGCCGUGGGGUGAGUCAGCCAGGCCUGAAUGCUGCCUCCAGGCUCUUUGACGAACACCUGCCAGCCCACACCCAUCUCUUGGGCCAAUCACAGAACAAACAAGGCAGAGGCCAAGAAAGAAAAGAAGGGGGCUUGGCAUAGUUGGAGGGAUAUUGCCAGUCCAGGGCCCAGAAGCCAGACAGACGACAGCACCUCCACCCUGAGCUCAGGCAGUCCUGAUCCCUGAAGGGUGGAGUAGACCCAACAUUCAAAGAGAUGGACACAUAAGCCUGGGCACCACAGAAAGACAACAGGAGCCAGGGAAGGCAGGAGAGGCUGGGAUACACCUAAGUCCAACUUCAUCAAAUUCAGUCCUGCCCAUGACAACGGAAUAGCAUGAAAUAGACCAGAGCCGGCCCAGCUAGAGACACGAGGCAAGAGGAGUCACUGUGCUGCCCGGUCCCUCACAGACUCCGCCAGGCUGAAGCCAGCCAGGUUUGAAGAUACCAGUGCACUAGGGGAGGUCCCCAAAUGCCAGUGGGACCUCAACCCCAGUCGGUGUCCAGGCUCUUGACACUAUCACGAGAGGGAAUUCAAGGAUGAGUCGGCACUUAGUGAAAGUAUGGAGAUGUACUGCUAAGCAAAAAGUACACAGUCUAGAAAGGGGAAUGUGGCAUACUCAAGAGCUUUCAUUAUGGGGAAACGGUGACAUUUCCAAAGGGGUUCACCAGCACCUCUCGCCCCUUGCCAUCAGCACCGCACAAUAUGAUGAUGAGUCAAGUGGAACAAAGAUAAGCCUCCCAGGUUUAAGCCCACCCCAGCCAGACCAGGGCCUCCCGCCGUCCCUCGCAGCUGUCCCGGUCUCCUGGAAGAGCACAGGUCCCUGCCAAGGCCACAGGGAGUCCCCAGGAGCCCUGGUGGAGACCUCCGCAGGGGAGGUGGCCCAAGACCAGGAGGGCCCCGUGGCCACUCAGCUGGACGUGUUGCGCCUGCGCAGCUCUUCCAUGGAGAUCCGAGAGAAGGGCUCUGAGUUCCUGAAGGAGGAACUGCGCAGAGCGCAGAAGGAGCUGAAGCUAAAGGACGAGGAAUGUGAGCGGCUGUCCAAGGUGCGGGAGCAGCUAGAACAGGAGCUGGAGGAGCUGACAGCCAGCCUGUUUGAGGAAGCUCACAAGAUGGUUCGAGAAGCCAACAUGAAGCAGGCGGCAUCAGAAAAGCAGUUGAAGGAGGCUCGGGGCAAGAUCGACAUGCUGCAGGCAGAGGUGACAGCCUUGAAGACACUGGUCAUCACAUCCACACCAGCCUCUCCCAACCGCGAGCUUCAUCCCCAGCUGCUGAGCCCCACCAAGACCGGGCCCCGAAAGGGCCACUCUCGCCACAAGAGCACCAGCAGCACCCUCUGCCCUACCGUGUGCCCUGCUGCAGGACAUACCCUCACCCCAGACAGAGAGGGCAAGGAGCCUGGGCUGCCCCCGCUGCUCUCCCUCCUCCUCUGCGUGGUCCCCAGCAAGGCAGUUCACCUCACCUACGAGCCGGCCUGGCCGCUCCCACCUGGGGAGCCCCUGGCCCCCGCCUGCACUCCCUCUCCCUCCUUUUCCCGACAGGUGGACACAAUCCUGUUUGCAGAGUUCCAGACCUGGAGGGAAUCACCCACCCUGGACAAGACCUGCCCCUUCCUGGAAAGGGUGUACCGGGAGGAUGUGGGUCCCUGCCUGGACUUCACGAUGCAGGAGCAUGUGUGCGCUGAGCGGGCUGACCCGUACCUGCCGCCACCGAAUCCGGCUCGGGGACUCCAAAAGCCACUACUACAUCUCACCAUCUUCCCGGGCCAGGAUCACUGCAGUGUGCAACUUCUUCACCUACAUCCGGUACAUCCAGCAAGGCCUGGUCCGGCAGGACGCAGAGCCCAUGUUCUGGGAGAUCACGCGGCUGCGGAAGGAGAUGUCCCUGGCCAAGCUCGGCUUCUUCCCCCAGGAGGCUUAGGGCGCAGCCCGGGCCCGGAGGGAGCUCUGAGAUGGAGCCAACACCCACCCCAGAGCGAGCAGACACGCAGGGAGCCAGAGGCAGAACAGAUGGACAGACAGACCGCGGAGGCAGCCCUGAGCCGGCAUCACAUGUCCAUCCUGGGACAGACAGAGGGACGGAUGGGCCUGGACUUCAUGGGAAGACCCCUCUCUCUUCCCAACUGGGUUCUGCCACCACCAGGAGGAUUUCAAGAAAGCACCAAAGACCAGGGAGCUUGGAUCCAUACUCGGGGGUCCUCAGCCCUUGGGAGGGGACACCUGAGGCAGCCAGCGUCCCCCUCCCCAGUCCCCAGAACCACCUGCAGGUGCCUUGUUGCCAGCAUGUCUUCAGAAAGGGACUGUAUGGGUGGCUGGAUCUCCGGGGUACCCUCCGCCCAAGCUGCCAAGCCCUGGGCCAGCAGCGCCCCCUUGUGGCUGUCCCGUGCCUUGUUCUCUGUGGCUUCUCUACUGGACUGCUAGGAGGAGCUGGCGGGGCCUCCACAGCACAGAACUGCCCCAAAACCUUGUUAAGAUGAAUCAGGGCCCCUCCCCCUCCCUCCUUCCCUUCUUCCCCCGCCCUUCCCCUUCAUAAAGGCCUCCCUUGUCACCUCCUCUCCCACCCCAUCUCAGUCCUGUGCUCCUGGAGGCCCUGCUCCCAAAACCGCUGGAAGGAUUGGGGCACUGUCUCCCACAGUAGAACACACACAGGGUUUCAGAUGGCCCACGCCUGUUUUCCGCUGUGGGUGGCCAUGCAGACACCCGCCCUGGCUUGUGGGGCCUGGGUGGGCAGGCAGGACCUGGGCCCUCCCACCCAUCAGAGCCCACUCGGGACCAGACCAGGGUUAGGGGCUCCCACCUGGACACAUCCCUCACCACAUCCGGAUUUCCUUCUUCUGAUGGAAUGUAACGCGAUCUCUAUUUAAUAAAGGAAGGCUUUGUUGGUA